UCGAUCGAAAAGAAAGCCCCAGCGCUCUAGAGCUCAGCUGACGGGAAAGGGGGUGCGCAGCCUCGAGUUUGAGAGCUACCCGGAGCUCCAAGACAGGGGUGGGUUCCAGCUGCCCGCGCGCCCCGACCUUCCAUCGUAGGUGCGUGCGACGACCUGGGACGCUGGAAACCCGGAGCUGCGCGCUGGGCGGAAAGGACUCCUAGUGGGCCCGGCUGAGAAGGCGGAGGUGGCGCGCGAGGGGCGGGCUCGUGCCAACGCCGGUGGGUGGGGCUAGAACGGGAGGGGCGGGGCUAGCCGGAUCAGCUGACUGAUGGUGGGGCGCAAGCAGGUUUGGAGCUGCAGGGUUACGGGAAUAAAACCGGGAAAGCCGGCCUGGGCCGAGGCCACUGGCGCAUAUGUUCCCGGGAGGGAUAAGCCAGACCUGCCAACCUGGAAGAGGAAUUUCCGCUCUGCCCUCAACCGCAAAGAAGGGCUGCGCUUAGCAGAGGACCGGAGCAAGGACCCUCACGACCCACAUAAAAUCUACGAGUUUGUGAACUCAGGAGUUGGGGACUUUUCCCAGCCAGACACCUCUCCGGACACCAAUGGUGGAGGCAGUACUUCUGAUACCCAGGAAGACAUUCUGGAUGAGUUACUGGGUAACAUGGUGUUGGCCCCACUCCCAGAUCCGGGACCCCCAAGCCUGGCUGUAGCCCCUGAGCCCUGCCCUCAGCCCCUGCGGAGCCCCAGCUUGGACAAUCCCACUCCCUUCCCAAACCUGGGGCCCUCUGAGAACCCACUGAAGCGGCUGUUGGUACCGGGGGAAGAGUGGGAGUUCGAGGUGACAGCCUUCUACCGGGGCCGCCAAGUCUUCCAGCAGACCAUCUCCUGCCCGGAGGGCCUGCGGCUGGUGGGGUCCGAAGUGGGAGACAGGACGCUGCCUGGAUGGCCAGUCACACUGCCAGACCCUGGCAUGUCCCUGACAGACAGGGGAGUGAUGAGCUACGUGAGGCAUGUGCUGAGCUGCCUGGGUGGGGGACUGGCUCUCUGGCGGGCCGGGCAGUGGCUCUGGGCCCAGCGGCUGGGGCACUGCCACACAUACUGGGCAGUGAGCGAGGAGCUGCUCCCCAACAGCGGGCAUGGGCCUGAUGGCGAGGUCCCCAAGGACAAGGAAGGAGGCGUGUUUGACCUGGGGCCCUUCAUUGUAGAUCUGAUUACCUUCACGGAAGGAAGCGGACGCUCACCACGCUAUGCCCUCUGGUUCUGUGUGGGGGAAUCAUGGCCCCAGGACCAGCCGUGGACCAAGAGGCUCGUGAUGGUCAAGGUUGUGCCCACGUGCCUCAGGGCCUUGGUAGAAAUGGCCCGGGUAGGGGGUGCCUCCUCCCUGGAGAACACUGUGGACCUGCACAUUUCCAACAGCCACCCACUCUCCCUCACCUCCGACCAGUACAAGGCCUACCUGCAGGACUUGGUGGAGAGCAUGGAUUUCCAGGGCCCUGGGGAGACCUGAGCCCUCGUUUCUCAUGGUGUGCCUCCAACCCCCCUGUUCCCCACCACCUCAACCAAUAAACUGGUUCCUGCUAUGAUCA